AUGAAGAUCCUUUCAGCUCGUCCUGACGGUUUAAUCCAUGCUCGAUUACCUAUUACCAAUCAUAACUUAAAUCGACUUGGAUCAGUUCAUGGUGGAUUGAUUUCAAGUAUAAUUGAUACUUGUGGUAGUCUUAGUUUAAGUGCAAAAGGAUUAUGGAUGACAGGAGUUUCUACUGAUAUACAUGUUAGUUAUUUGCGUCCUGCGGGAAAAGAAGGAUCCAGUAUAGAUAUCGAAGCCAAGGUGGAGUCGAUGGGUAAGACUCUUGCGUAUACUAGCGUGUUUCUUCGGGACCCUGUUACUGGCAAAUUGUUAGCACGAGGUUCACAUACUAAGUUUAUUGCACCUUCAGUAGGACAUUCUAUGAAUGUAAAAUUUGAUGAGACAGGUGAGAAUAUUAUAGAAGGCAAGAUGCCAAAUGAUGUCGACAUUAAGAACUGA